AACAAUCGAUGCAAGAGUAUAACCAAUGGUAGAGCCAACGACAAGGCAUUGAUAACGAUAAGAAGUGUGUUAUAACCUCUGAAACUUGAAUAUUGAGACUUGCCAGAAGCUUGUUGGCAAUCUCCUCAAAGAUGGAGACUUCCUGUUCGUCGCCGUCAUUGAUCACGGCUCUUGACGAUCCCAGCAAUGCCACUGGCACGAGAAAGAGACCCAGACCGAACAGUGAUAACGGCAGCGAUAGCAAAAACAAAAACAACAAGACAGAAUCACAAUCUUCACUGGUACCAUCUUUUGAGAUAAAGUGGCUCUCAUCUUCAGCCUCGGAUUCGGACGAUGAUGUUCCGACAGAAAAGGCGCACCUGGAUGCUUUGGUGACAUUCCCGAGGCCUUCUUCAGCUACCAAUGACAAGACUCAAAUGUUGUGUUUAAUGGGCAGAGCUCAGGUUCAAUGUGUCAAGGGGUCUAUAUCCCUGUUGGGGUAUCGGUUGGAUCCUUCCUGCCCCAAGGUACCCGUGGAAAGCCCUCCUUGGUCCAGCAUUCUCGUCAUGGAACCCAUACACACUAGUACUCAAACAGAGACCAAAGACGGCGACAACAAGGGACGUGAUAAUGAUGACAGUGUUAUCAUAAAGGUGGAAUCGUGGUGGCCUCAACAAGACCAAUCCGCGGGAUCAGAAGAUCAUCAAUCACAGGAACCAACUUUUGAAAUUGUCAGUGGUGCUGCCAAAGGGGUCCGACCCACUCAAGUCCCUUCCACCUGGAAACACGCUGCGGAUCAAAUUGUGCCAUGUUUGAUACCCAACAACAACAAUAGUACUAGAAAUGAUGCUGAUACGAAGGGAGCUCCACAGCAGGACGGAAGCAGCACAUGUCGAUUGGCGAUUUGUGGUGGGAAGGGUGUGGGAAAAUCCACGUUUUUGCGGUACAUGACCAAUCGAAUACUGAGCAGAGAUCCACCACCGCAACCCAAAACGUCCGAUCAAAAUGACAACACUACACCACGACAAGUGGCAAUCUUGGAUGCCGACGUGGGACAACCUGAAAUGUCUCCACCAGGGAUGGUUACUUUGACUGUUGUAUCCGAGCCUCUCUUGACACCACCCCACUACCGUUCCUUGGAACGCCCACUGCCAUCAUCCAAGAGAUCACAACAAUUUGCCUACUUUUUUGGCAGUGUCACGUCCAAAAAUGAUCCAGAACGAUACAUGGCAUUGAUUCAAAGAUUGGUAAGACACUACCAAGAGGAUGUCAACAAUGACAUACCACUGCUGAUCAACCUGGAUGGAUGGGUCAAACAACUUGGCUUUGAGCUACUAUCUACGUUGUUGACCAGUGUACUGACCCCAUUGACGCAUGUGGUUCAGAUUCUGGGCACCACAAAGUCCAAACAAUUCACACUGCGAGGAGAUGUUUUGAAUCCAGAAACCAGCUCGGCAACAUUACAUGUCAUUCAUUCCUAUGAUAGCUUUCUCAAUGCCACAUUUGACAACAACAACCACAAUAACGAUACCAUAGUAUCCAACAACAACUCUAUGAAACCAGAAGCCACCAAAUCAACCCCCACCAGUUGUGUCAUGCCGGCACAAGCCCUGCGGGAUUUGCGACUGUGCACAUACUUUCUCAAUGACGCGACAAUUUGGUACAACCUGGGGUUUGAUCACGAGGGAAUUGGAGAUGACACUUGUGAGAUUGCACAUCGCUUGGCAGGUGCACGUCCUUAUGCCGUGCCCUUUGAAGCGGUGCAGAUACGGUGGGCCGGAUCCGAUCACUUUUCAGAUCUCACAAACAUCAACGACAGCGACGACAACAACCGAAAACACAACGACCGAAAACACAACAAGUGUGAGGAGGAUGGUAGCAUCAAUGACUGGGUGCUGGAUGCCAUUAAUGCCAAGAUUGUGGGGCUCUGUUAUCGAGAUGAUGCCAACAACGAUGGAAAGGAUGGCAGUCACGAGCAGUUGGGGUGCGUUGGUUUGGGGCUUGUUCGAGCCAUCGAUCGAGUCCAGCGAGUAUUCUACGUGCUGACUCCGGUGGACAGCCAUAGAUUGAAGGAUGUCAAUGUUCUGGUUGGAUGUGGCAUGGACGUCCCAGUCGAGUUCUGGUUUCGAGGAGUGAGUGCUGAAGCGGUUCCAUAUCAAACUUUUGCGCCCUCGACCGCCACAGUUGGGGGCGAUCCAAUGAAGAGUCGCAACAACAUUGGUCGCAGGGGGCUUGCUAAAUAAACUUAGCCUCAGUUUUACAAUUUCAUCAC